AUGACUGAAGAAAAUGACGAGGCAUGGAAAGAAUUAUCAGAAAUAUCAGCAGACCCACCUGAAAUGCGAGAUCAAUGUUCACAAUGCAGAAGGCCAAUUACUGUGUGUUGGUGUCCAGGAUUGCCGAAAACUCCUCUGUGUCCUCAAUCACGGAUAAUAAUCCUCCAACAUCCCGCAGAGGUUAAACGUUGUCUCCGAACAGCUCCAAUGCUCUCUCUGUCUCUUGAACAGAACAAGUGUCUAUUAUUCCGAGGCAAAAAGUUUCCUUCAAAACACGAAGGGCUGAUGGAAAUUCUAAAAGAAGAAAACACUAUUCUUCUGUAUCCAUCAGUGGACGCGGUGGAUAUAAACGAACUUCCUAAAGUUGGAGUUAAUGGCCAGAGACCUUAUAAUCUUUCCAUGUAUCAUUCCAGUCCUUGCUUGUCGAGUCUGAAAGCUUGUAAGUUAGUGCAAAAUACUGCAAGCAGUUACGUGAUAAGGACUCAGCCUGCUGAAGGAUGUCUAUCCACUCUAGAAAGUGGUGCAUUCUCUCUUUCUAUUUUAGAAAACCAGUCUUGGUACAAAGAUGCGAUGCUUGGACCUCUUCAUUAUCUUUGCAAAUUUCAACUUGAGAACGGAGCGGUAACGCAUCAGAGCAAAGAAUUUUUAAUAAAACAGAAGACUUACCCAAAAUUAGUGGGUAAACGACUAGCUAGACAAUUGAAGAUAUCUUCAAAUGCAAUUCAUAAUUAA